AUGUCUUCUGCGGAUCUUGAAAAAGACCUCUCGCCUGCCGAAUUGGCCGAGCGCGACCAAGCAGAGAAAGACCGCAAGGCCCGUGAGGACGCCGAGCAGGCCCAACUUCCGUACCAAUGGACCCAAACCAUUCGCGACGUGGACGUCACAGCGCCAAUUCCCAGCAACAUCAAGGGCCGUGACAUGGAAGUGACUCUUACAAAGACCAAGAUCCGCGUGGCAAUUAAGGGUCAGGAGCCCAUCAUCGAGGGCGAUUUCCCCCAUCCCAUCCUCGUCGAUGAGUCGUCCUGGACUCUCGAGACAACAUCGAAGCCCCCGGGCAAGGAGGUCAGCAUCCAUCUCGACAAGGUGAACAAGGUGGAAUGGUGGCCGCAUGUCGUCAAGUCGGCGCCCAAGAUAGACGUGGCCAAGAUCACCCCCGAGAACUCCAGCUUGAGCGAUCUCGAUGGUGAGACUCGUGCCAUGGUCGAGAAGAUGAUGUACGAUCAGCGACAGAAGGAGAUGGGUGGCCCUACCAGUGACGAGCAGAAGAAGAUGGAGCUGCUGAAGAAGUUCCAGGAGCAGCACCCUGAGAUGGAUUUCUCAAAUGCAAAGAUGGGUUAG